ACCUGUCUCAAGAAGACCAAAAAAAAAAAAAAAAACCUAUCCAAAAGGAAAUUUAAUAAUUCGUUUAAAGUAGCAUCAAAAAUAAAGUAGAAUCAAAAAGAAUAUUUAUAGGGGCUGGGGAUUUAGCUCAGUGGCACAGCGCUUGCCUGGCAAGUGUCAGGUAGUGAGUUCCGAUUCCCGAUACUGGGGGGAAAAAAAAAAAAAGAAUAUUUAUGGACUAGGGAUGUAGCGCAAUGUACAUACCCAACAUUCUGUGUUCAAUGCCCAGCACUACAAAAAUAUUAAGAAUAAGAUAUUUGCAAAUUAAUUUAAACAAAGAGGGCCAGGAAUCCAAUUCAGCAGCACAGCACCUGCUUGGCAAGCGCAAGGUCCUCAGUUCGAUUCCCGGUACCAAAAAAAAAGACUCUCCCGUGAUUUUCCCCGGACCCCCUCCUUCCAAGGGCUCCGCACAGGCUGUGGCUCAGAGUGGAAGGUGCUGGCUGCGGCCGCGGCCCCACUGUGACCCCAAAGCGCUGCUUCUCCUGAGGCAGGCAGGGCUCGCGCUUCUCCCCGGCUCCACUCCACCUUCAAGAGCCUCGGUUUCAGCGGACUCGCUCUCCAGAUCGGUAGAACGAUGGUGCUGCAAUCAUCCAGCACUGAGUCCUUUACUCUGCGCGUUUACAGCUGCAAGGAUUCCUUGCGAGAAGACACUCAGAGAGCUGGUCUUGUGAUUAGUCACGCAGGUGCGGCAAGCUGUUUAGAGUCUCUGGGAAAAGGCGAGCCACUUGUCAUAGUUAUAAAUAAAAAAUUGAUGAAGAAUCACCAGCUGCAACUGGCAAACCAGCUACACAAACAGGAGCGUCUCUUCUGCACCUGUAGCACACUUCCUGGGCUGUUACAAUCAAUGGACCGAUCAACACUGAAAUGUUAUCCUCCAGGCCAGCCAGAAAAAUUCUCUGCAUUUUUGAGUAAAGUUGUUGGAUUACAAAAAUAA